AUGCAAGUGAGGGCCCCGGGCACAAUCGACGGGCUGAAAGUAUUUGUUUUCUCUUUGAUCGGUGAGCUGUCGGGGUCCUUGGCCUCUUAUUCGCUACUUUAUGCUGCUGCAACGCAAAAGAGCAGAAGCGUACGUCUUACAGCCGGCAGAAAGACUUGGAGGCCCGGGUUCUGCGCCGUGCAGGCGUAA